AUGGACAAAGAUCCCAAUUUCGAAAUCCAACUCCCUCCUGGUUUUAGAUUCUACCCUUCUGACGAGGAGCUCAUUGUUCACUAUCUGAGAAACAAAGUGAAUUCAUGUCCCCUUCCUGCUUCAUUCAUUGCAGAAAUAGAUCUUUACAAAUAUAAUCCAUGGGAGCUUCCAAGCAAAGCUUUGUUUGGAGAAAAUGAGUGGUAUUUCUUUACCCCUCGGGAUAGAAAGUAUCCCAAUGGAGUUAGGCCUAAUAGAGCAGCUGGUUCAGGUUAUUGGAAGACCACAGGGACUGAAAAACCAAUUCUUACUUCUUGUGGAGAUAAGAAUAUUGGACUUAAGAAGGCCCUUGUUUUCUACAAGGGACAUCCCCCAAAAGGAUAUAAAACUGAUUGGAUCAUGCAUGAGUAUAAGUUGCACGAUUCAGUUAUCUUGAAUUCCAAGCUAAAAGGGUCUAUGAGAUUGGAUGAGUGUGUGCUAUGUCGAGUUCAACUAAAAACCAGCAGCCCAAGAAGCACAUGGGAAGAUUCAAAUGAACCUAGUUAUGAUCCAACAAGCUAUUUUCAACAAAUGAAUGGAAACUCUAAUCCUGAACUAGUAAAAAACUACGUGGGCAAUGAUCUUCCAAUGUUACCCUAUAUUCUGGCUUCUAAGUAUACUCUGCCAAAUUCUAUUGGUACAGCCUCAAGAACAGGCUUUCAUACAGAAGCAUAUACUUCACCCCAUGAAGAUGACUUAACUGGAGCACAGUUCUUAGCAUCUGUUUCGGAGAGCUUGCUUAAUCCACUGAAGAGAAAAGCUGUUGAAGAAAAUCAGUUGGACUUUUAUGCUCCACAGAAUAAAAAGAUAAGCGAAGUUGAUGAUGAGAAGCAAAGACUUGAGACAGAUGUAAGCAAAGGCUACAAUUACCACAACUUUGAUCAGUGGACUUCUGCUAUACAACCUCAAGAGCUUAAUAACUUAGCCUUUACAGGAUGUAUAUAUGAUUAG